AUGUACGGCGAAGAGUAUUGCGCCUCUGUGAUUGGCUGCAUGUUCUCCAUCUUUCGGUGUAUCGUUGGAGAAUGUACUACAAAAGGCGGGCGGUCACUGACAAUGAUCUUCAGUGAUGGCUUCGGAGUGCGGUUUGACGUCUUCUACGCCGGGAGUAUGAUUGUGGUUCUCAUGGGACUGUUCAACAUUAUCACUGCAAUUUUCGUCGAAGCAACAUUGAAUGGAUUGAAGGAAAACGAGACGCACCGCCGAUAUGCGAAGGCUUAUGAGUCGA